GCUGGCCACUCGUCGAGAACUCCAAAGCAAGAUGGCACUAUCCCGAAAACAAAAGGACUGGUUGGUACUCGAUCCCAGAAAGGAGGGGACCCCCGAUCAGCUGAUCAUGGUGGCACGCCGGUAUCAACUCGUACUGAUGGUCAACCUGGUGGGUGCCCUCGCUGAGCAGCGGGACAAGAUGAGGGCCAAGCUACACAAGAUGAAGCAGCAGAUCCAUGAGAGGAGGAUGGAGAACGAAAAGAAUCAGCUGGCGAAGGAAGAGGACAUGAGGAGAGUUGAAGCCAAGACGGAGGAGCUGCAGAGGUGCCAGGAGGAGAAGCUAGCUCUGAAGGCCCAGCUUGAUGCACUGGGACUCUCUCUGGCCAAGCUGGACAUAGCCAUAAAGGACACUGAGCUCAGGACCAUGGAGGUUUGUCUGAGGGAAUCUUGUCUUGUCACCGAGCGAGGAUAUCAGAACCACGAGCGAGUCUUCUGUAAUCACAUAUGAGUCUUAUAAUCACAUUCUUCUAGAGUCACAAGUGAGUUCUGUAAUAACUAAUGAGUUUUAUAAUUGGGAAUGACUUCUAUAGUGCCCUUGAGCUGCCUCCUGUGCUGUAAGAAAAACAAUGGAUUGACACACUUACCGAUGUCGUAGACCCACACUUAUUUUGGGCUGGCGUGGACUUUAGAGUAACUUGCAUGUGUGUUUUCUUUAAGGUUGUAUCAGUGACAUCUCAAGCA